AUCUGCGAAAAGGCGCGUUUGUAUCUGGAAAUACUAGACACAUAAGCGUGAUAAUGUGUUCAAAGAGGAACGUAUCUACGUCUACGUGCCUAGAGAUAAGAUUCCUGCCCUUUUUCUGGACAUCGCAGGGUUAAACUCUUGGCUCGACAGACGAUUAGAUAGAUAGAUAGGUAGAACAGAUAGAUAGAAAAAGAAGGAGAGAAGAGACCAUUGAAGAGAAGAGCAAAGGAAUUUUCGACAGGGUUUUUAAAUCGGAAAUCGAGAAGAAAAGACGGCCGAUCGAUGUCUUAUUUGUGAUGGGAGUGCCUGCGCGGGGAGCACUCGCGGCGAUCGUCGCCAUAAGCGCUUUCGUCGUCUACCUAAAUAGCCUUAAUUGUGGUUUCGUUUUUGAUGACAUUUCAGCGAUAAAGGAUAAUCGAGACUUAAGGCCUCAUACACCCCUGAAAAAUGUAUUUUACAAUGACUUCUGGGGUACUCCUAUGCACAAGGAGCAAUCGCACAAAUCAUACAGGCCUCUGUGCGUUCUUACAUUUCGUUGGAAUUACCUGAUUCAUCAAUUGGAUCCUAUGGGAUAUCAUUUGCUUAAUGUUAUCUUACAUGUCGGAGUGUGCUUAUUGUAUUUCAGGACAUGCUUGAUGUUUCUAUCCGAUUCUGCAACUUUUGUGUCUUCUCUCCUGUUUGCAGUUCAUCCUAUACAUACAGAAGCAGUUACAGGAGUGGUGGGAAGAGCAGAAACAUUGUCCUCUUUAUUUUAUCUAGCGGCUUUAAUCACGUACACUAAAUGUUGCAGAAGUAGAAGAUCAACAGGAUGGAGAUCUUUGAUAUUAUCUAUGUCAUUUGUUUUCACUGCCAUGUUAUGUAAAGAACAAGGAAUAACAGCCACCGCUGUUUGCGUGUUAUAUGAGAUUUUUGUUGUACAAAAGGUAAGAGCAAUGGAUAUUUUCCUGACAUUGAAGGCAGCUUUUGGUGGGAAAAAGAUAUCGCUUGCUUGGUCCAGCGAAGGUACAAAACGACUGACAGUCCUUACACUUGUCACAUUUAGUUUACUCAUUCUUCGGCUACACGUAAUGGGCUCAAAGUUACCUGUAUUCACCAGAUUUGACAAUCCCGCAUCAGUGGCCCCAACGCCCAUAAGACAGCUUACAUAUAAUUACCUCGCAGCGGUUAAUUUAAGACUGCUAUUUCUUCCAAGCGAUUUGUGCUGUGAUUGGACUAUGGGAACGAUACCGUUGAUAGAAAGUUUUACAGAUCCUCGUAAUCUCGCUACGAUAGCAACUCAUAUGACCAUAUUAGGAUUAUUGAUGACAGCAAUUUUAACACCUAACAGGCAAACCUCGAUCGUUCUCAUAAUGAGUUUGGCUAUGAUGAUACUUCCGUUCUUGCCUGCUUCGAAUCUCUUCUUCCCGGUUGGAUUUGUCAUUGCCGAAAGAGUAUUAUAUGCUCCGUCUAUGGGGUUUUGUAUGCUUAUCGGUUACGGCUGGAGCAUUUUAUGCGACAAAAAGUUCAAGAAACCAACACUAUUUUUAUUAAUAACGCUUUUGGCAGCUCAUUCGACAAAAACUUUUAUCAGAAACUAUGAUUGGCUGGAUGAAUAUUCUAUAUUUAUGUCAGGAUUAAAAGUAAACGAUCGCAAUGCCAAAUUAUUUAAUAACGUCGGUCACGCAUUGGAAAGCCAAGGUCGGUUUAAAGAAGCGUUAAACUUCUUUAACAUGGCUGUACAGGUUCAAGGUGAUGAUAUUGGUGCACACAUCAACGUAGGCAGAACUUACAAUCAUCUGAAAAUGUUUAAAGAAGCUGAAGAUGCAUACUUAAAGGCAAAAUCUUUGCUACCAAAAGCAAAACCCGGGGAAUCUUACCAGGCACGAAUAGCACCGAACCACUUGAAUGUCUUUGUAAAUUUAGCGAAUUUAAUAGCGAAAAAUGCAACUAGGUUAGAGGAAGCCGACUUACUUUAUAGGCAAGCUAUAAGUAUGCGCGCUGAUUACACGCAAGCGUAUAUCAACCGAGGUGAUGUUUUGAUUAAACUUAAUCGUACGAAAGAGGCUCAGGAAGUUUACGAGCGAGCUCUUUUCUAUGAUAGUAACAAUCCAGAUAUCUAUUACAAUCUGGGCGUUGUGUUUCUGGAACAAGGAAAAGCAUCUCAAGCUCUGGCAUAUUUGGACAAAGCGCUAGAAUUUGACCCCGAACACGAACAAGCGUUAUUAAAUUCAGCUAUCUUACUUCAAGAAUUGGGACGCGCAGAAUUAAGAAAAGUAGCCAGAGAAAGACUGCUAAAACUCCUGCGAAAAGAUUCUAAUAACGAACGAGUGCAUUUCAAUCUUGGAAUGUUGGCCAUGGACGAUCACGACAGCGGAAGUGCAGAACGAUGGUUCCGUAAUGCGGUUGCGCUCAAGGAAGACUUCAGAUCAGCGCUAUUCAAUCUAGCUCUUUUAUUGGCAGACGAACAACGUCCACUGGAAGCUGCACCUUUUCUAAACCAAUUAGUUCGUUUUCACCCGGACCAUGUUAAAGGAUUAAUCCUUUUAGGUGAUAUCUAUAUAAAUAACAUAAAAGAUUUGGACGCUGCUGAAAAUUGUUACCGUAGAAUACUGCAGUUGGAUCCAAGUAAUAUUCAAGGUCUUCAUAAUCUCUGUGUUGUAAUGGUGGAACGUGGUAAGUUAGGCCUUGCUGCUCAGUGUUUAGAGCACGCUGCGGCACUGGCACCUCAUCAGGAUUACGUACAUAGACACCUGGCCAUCGUGAAGGCUCGUAUCAGUAGGUUACCACCGGAACAACGCGACACCGAGGUGUUCGACGAUUCGUUCUGGCAAGUCGGUCGAAAGGAGAGGAACUUCAACAUGGGAGACAUCUCGAGCAGUGCUGCUGGUAGUACCGCUGCCGCGAAUGGUCCUGGAAACAUGGGAAAUAGCGGUAGCCAAUUUCUAGGGCAAACAGACUCUGUUUUCUCGAAUCACCAUAGUCACAUAGGGCAUAAGAAAAGCAAUACGGACUCGUUAAAUGAUCAUAUAAUGCAUUUGAAGGGUCCGUCGAAGUCUCCAAGAUUUACACCGUUGAACGAAGUUAAAGUGGAAGUACAGGAGGUAUAUAACGACAAUGAUAGGCCGUUGAAGACGGACACAAGUUCUAAAGGCAUGAACGCGGAUGCAACGGAAUUGACGACAAUCGACCGGGAACGUGCAGGCAAAACGAUGAACUCCGAUGAAAGCAAGCGAAUCAUUUCGAGUGGGAAAAAGAAUGCUGGAACCACCACGCGUCAAACAAAGGAUACCGCACUUUCAUAGUAUUGACGUUAAGACCCUGCCGAAUAUACUGUAUAAAGUUAUAUUCUACGUAUAACGAGAGAAUAUGGUGGUACAGUCGUAUAGAGCUAAUGUGUGAAUAUAAAAUAAAUACAGAGUAUUGUUUUAUAUGCUGUACGAAUAGAACAUUUUGUAAAAUAUAUUUAAAAAAUGUGCAA